ACGAGAGGAGCUGAUGUGCGAGCGGCAGCAGCAGCAGCAGCAGCAGUGUGUUUCUGCUGGAUGCAGUCAGUCAGCGUUGAGACUCACAGGUUUUAGCUGGCGAUCAACGAACUAGAGUUGAACUACUUGGAAAACGGGCAAGGUCAGAUUGAGGGAGUUAAAAAGCAUCGGACUAUUUUUUUUCUGGGAGUUUUAUUUACGGAGAAGCGACGGAAGAUUCCACAGCGAUCAGUUUGGACUUGAUGAGAAAGUCAAAGAAGUCCCGCUCUUGAAUACACCAGCGGAAUAUGAUUUGAAUCAAGGGAACUUACAACACUGUUGCUCGCUAACAGGAUGAAUCUCCGCUCGCUUCAUGCCGUCAUACUGCUGUGGGCUUUGUGCCCCAGUGUGCAGUUCCAGUGUGAUAAAUCACCCGAGACCAACAAACUGAACCUCUCUGUCAACUACGAGCUCCCAACGUUCACUGCAGACUUCCCCAUCCAGAACAUGGUGACGCUUGAUGGGAUCAUCUAUGUCGGAGCUGUAAACAGAAUCUACGCCCUGUCUCCGAACCUCACAAAGCUGUCAGAGUACCGCACGGGGCCACUGCUUGCCAACGAGACCUGCGGUCAGAAACUGUCCAGCGCAAGCAGCGGCGGCAGGGUGGACAACCACAACAUUGCUUUGGUGGUGGAGAACAUUUACGACAAGGGGUUGUACAGCUGCGGCUCGGCAGACAAUGGUGUUUGCCGCCGCCACGUCCUGGAUGACGACACUAGCCCGAAAACCGUAGACGAACAGGUAUACUGCUUUGCUGACAGGGUGAGACAACGCAAGGGUCAACCCAGCGACUCAGAUGUUGUGGUCAGCCCUUCCGGCUCUCAGGUGCUCAAUGUGGAAAGCAACGUCAUCACGUUUUUUGUUGGGAACUCUGAGAUCCCAGGCAUGGGAAACAUAUCGGGCAGUGCGACACAUCCUCAUACCAUUUCCCUGCGAAAGAUGAAGACGAGCCAGAACGGCUUCACUUUCUUCUCCAACCGCUCGUACAUGGACUUAAUUCCGUCUCUACGUGGAAACUACUACCUGCGAUACGUUUACUCCUUCCACAGUGGACCUUUCACUUACUUCCUCACAGUGCAGCGGGUGAACAGGGACUCCCAGGCCUACCACACCCGCAUAGUCCGUAUGUGCUCCUCGGACCUCAUGAUCCGUCGUUACGUGGAGAUGCCCCUUGAAUGCAUCAGCACCGAUAAAAGGCGACGCCGCUCCGCGGAAGAUGUGAAGGUAUUCAACAUCCUCCAGGCUGCCCACGUCACCAAAGUGGGCAAUGACGUUGAGCUGCAGAAGCAGCUGAAAGUGGAGGAAGGUGAUGACGUCCUGUUCGCCGCUUUUGCCCGGGGGAAGCCGAACUCUCCGGAGCCGACCCCUAACUCAGCCGUCUGCGUCAUAUCCCUGAAACACAUCAACAACAUGUUUAAGAUGUACAUGCAGAAAUGCAACACAGUAGACCCGUAUCACUUCACUGGAUCAGAGAAGAAGUCCUGCUACAAUGUGAGUUCAUCGGACGACUGCGACCCACAUGAGGGAAUCCAUGAAGGGAAAGAGGGCAAGUACCGCCUGCAGGUGACCCAGUUUGUCCAAAGGCUGGAGUACUGGCACAAAGAGCUGACCAACACCUUGGUUACCUCUAUUACUGUGAUGCCGGUCCAUGGCCGUGCAGUGGCAUACCUGGGUACCGCCGACGGACGCCACAUACAGGUGCUGUUCUCCCGAUUUGCCUCUCCUCACGUCAACAUCCGCCUGGACUCGAGACCCGUCUCCGCCAGUGUAGCGCUGCUGGACGCUGACGGCUCAAACGGAACCCUGCUAAUGGCCACAGGGAACAAGAUCACUAUGGUCCCUCUCAUUGGCCCCGGCUGUGGUCAGCUGACCACCUGUACUUCCUGUUUGUUGUCGUCGCGGGUGACAGAAUGUGGCUGGUGUGAUGGACGCUGCACCAGAGCUAACCAGUGUCCCUCCUCCUCCCUCUGGACCCAGGACUACUGCACACCCGUCAUCACUAAGAUUUUUCCGACCUCUGGACCAAUACGAGGCUCUACAGCGGUGACAAUGUGCGGCAGCAACUUCGGCUUCGACAAGACGGAGAGCUUCAAGGCUUCUCUGGUAACAGUGGAGGUGGCAGGAGCUCCCUGCAAACUGCCCAGACAAGACAACAUCAACAGGUGGACUGAGAUGCAGUGUUCCCCGAUGUUCAGUGGGAACUUCACCCCAUCAGGACACACAGUGAGGGUCACCAGUGGCCACAAGGUAGCCACCAUGGAGGGCUUCACCUUCGUGGACCCUGUGAUCCACGAAAUCUUCCCGACAUUCGGGCCGAAGUCCGGAAACACCAUGCUGACCAUCAGGGGAGCCUUCCUGGAUACUGGGAACAAGCGAGAGGUGACAGUAGGGAAAGUAGCCUGUAAGAUCCAGAGCUUGUCGUCCACCAUGCUUACCUGUAAGACGCCUCCACACGCAGUUCCCUCCAAGCUACCCGUGAAGCUGACGGUGGAUUCAGUGGAGCUCCACGCGCCCGUGCAGUUCACCUACAACCAGGAUCCCAUCAUCAACAGAAUCCAGCCCUCGCGCUCCUUCGUCAGCGGAGGCUGCACGGUGUCGGCUCACGGCUUCUUCCUCCAGUCCGGCCUCCAGCCCCAGAUGGUCCUCACCACCGAUCAGGAUGCUGAGGUCUUCCAUGUGAGCUGUGUGUACGCUGAGAACCGGACGUCCAUCCAGUGCACCACGCCCUCUCUGGCCAAACUGGCUCUGCAGCCGCCCGUGAUCACCAAGGUGGCGUUCGUGCUGGACGGCUACUCCACAGAUCAGUGGGACCUGAUCUACGUGGAGGACCCCCACUUCCAAGACCCCAAGCUCACAUCCAAGGACAACAAAAGCAUCGUGGAACUCAAGGGUGACCACAUGGACAGGGAGGCGAUGAAGUGUCAGGUUCUGACUGUGUCCAACCACAGCUGUGAGACUCUGACUCUGAUCGGAAACACUCUGGAGUGCCUCGUCCCCAACGAGCUGCAGGCCGCCACCGCCAAGGGGCUGCAGGUGGAGUGGCGCCAGGCGGACUCCAUCAGGCAUCUGGGCAAGGUGACGCUGGCACAGGAGCAGGACUACGCCGGCCUGAUCGUGGGCUGCGUGUGUGUCAGCCUGCUGCUGCUGCUGCUGGGAUCGCUGCUCAUGUGGAGAAGGAACAAACACAUUGACGAUCUGUCUGAGGUGUGGUAUGAUGGGCGGGGUCACAUCCAGCAUCUGGACAGGCUGGCUAACGCGAGGAGCGUCAGCCCCACUAACGAAAUGGUCUCCCACGAGUCAGUCGACUAUAGAACAACCCUGCUGGAGGAUCAGGGCACAGACAGGCCCGAGACAUGCCGCGCGGCUCCUCCCAUCUACGGGGGCAACGGGGAGCUGCUCUCUCCCAGACUAGGGACGCUGGGAGGUGGGAUGGGGAUGGGUCUGGGAAUGGAGGGCGAGCUGGUCUCCCCCCUACUGAUGGCCCCGGUCCACAUCGACCCGUCCUGCCUCCACCCAGACCUGCUGACUGAGGUGCAGCAUGUGGUGAUCGCCCGGGAGCAGCUGCUGCUCCACCUCAACCAAGUCAUCGGCAGAGGUCACUUCGGCUGUGUUUUCCAUGGAACUCUGCUUGAGCUAGAUGGGCAGAAGCAGCACUGUGCCGUCAAGUCCCUGAACCGCAUCACAGAUCUGGAAGAGGUGUCCCAGUUCCUGAAGGAAGGGAUCAUCAUGAAGGACUUCAGCCACCCGAACGUUCUCUCUCUGCUGGGAAUCUGCCUGCCGCCAGAGGGCUCGCCGCUGGUGGUUCUGCCCUACAUGAAGCACGGCGACCUGCGCAACUUCAUCCGCGAUGAAGGACAUAACCCAACAGUGAAGGACCUGAUGGGCUUCGGGCUGCAGGUGGCCAGAGGGAUGGAGUAUCUGGCCAGCAAGAAGUUUGUCCACAGAGACCUAGCUGCCAGGAACUGCAUGCUGGAUGAGAACUACACAGUGAAGGUGGCAGACUUCGGACUGGCUAGAGACGUUUAUGAUAAAGAAUAUUACAGCGUCCACAACAAGAGUGGAGUCAAGCUGCCCGUCAAGUGGAUGGCUCUGGAGAGUCUGCAGACACACAAGUUCACACCCAAGUCAGACGUGUGGUCAUUUGGCGUGUUGCUAUGGGAACUGAUGACCCGUGGAGCCCCACCAUAUUCGGAUGUGAACUCCUUCGACAUCACCGUGUUCCUCCUGCAGGGGAGGAGGCUGCUGCAGCCCGAGUUCUGCCCUGACGCCCUCUACACGCUGAUGAUCGAGUGCUGGCAUCCGAAGCCCGAGCGGCGGCCCUCCUUCCACGAGCUGGUGUCCCGCAUCUCCACCAUCUUCUCCAGCUUCAGCGGGGAGCACUACGUCCUGCUCAACACCACCUACGUCAACAUCGAAAAGAUGAGCCCUUACCCCUCGCUCCUCGCCUACUCCACCGACACCACCACCACCACCGUGGCUUCCUCCUUUAUGUCUUCCUCAUCCGACCCCUCCACCUCUACGUCCCUGCCAACCAUGUCCCCCCUCUUUUGCCACGUGGAGCGAGACUGCUGCACCUGAAAGAAAGAAAGAGAGAGAGAGAAAUGGAGGAAGGUGGAAACUCAGACAUUGAGAAACAAAAAGGAGCAAGGAAGAAAGCAGUGAGGCGAUGAAGAACUACUGUAUGUACUUGCCAAACACUGGACGCUGGACGCUGUAUGCUGAGGAAAAAAAAAAAAAAAAACAGUUUCGAGAGCUUUGACUGUUCACUCAAUGUACAUAGAUCGUCUGACCUUUGACCCUUUCGAAGCAUCGCCAGACAACAGGGUUCUCCAUGAACUAUGGGGCUGACCUUAUGGACUUUUCUGGCCUUUUAUCGACCCCCGAGGAGCAGGAGAUCAGUCUUCCUGCGUCCUCUACAUGACAAUUACAACACAGGAACUCCUCCUCAAAGAGUCCCAGCGGACAAAGCCACUGUCAAGCAAGCACAACGCUAUUCGUCAAACACCCAAAAAAAGAUCUCAUUGACUGCUGUACCCACACAGGGAGAGGAUAGAUUUUCUGUGUCUGCUCCUCUCUGGGUGGCAUGUGCUCCGAUACGCGGAUGUGGCUCAGACCUUUUUCGCUCUCUGUAAUGUGAAUGUUUGACAAAUGGCCAUGUAUUGUGUCGUAGAGAAAAUGUCACACCUCCAGCGCCCGCGCUCAAGAGAGAACGCCGGCUGCUUUGAUAGAUUGUGGCGCCUCGGGUUAAGUAAACCAAGGCACUGUGGAGGUUGAUAAUGGUUGGAAGGCAACAGGGGGACAUCAGUGUAGGUUGGUGUAAGGUGGGAUGUGGGAAAGAAAACCCCCUGCUGCCUGCAUGCAGUUCACUGGAUGCUUUUAUUUGUGUAAUUACAUUUGGACAAUUAGCUUUUGAUGUGCUUGGAGGAAAAAAAACAUCUGGCAGUCUCAUUGUGACUCACCUGUGUGAAAUCCCCAGAUGUUUCCGAGUGCAAAGGGUCAGAAGCACCCUUGAUUUUCUCCUCUUUUUAAAAAAAAAACCUGAAACGUCCCAUCAUGUCAAAACAGUACAACUCUGACAACAUGCACACGCCUGAAAGCUUGGAGGUUUUUUUUGGAAAGAAGGAGAACAAAUAAGAACUAUGUCCUGGGGUUUUUUCGCUAACUGUAUGUCAGAUUUUGUCUCCGUUUCGUAUAUCUUACAUUUUAUUGGCAGAGAACAUGCUGUACCUGAUAAAAUGAUACCAAGACAAAGGACACGAGGGUUCCCAGAGACCUAAAAGUUCAUCUUUAACAUUUUAACUAAAUAGCUUGUGGUCAAAAUUCCAACAAAGAGCUUGUUGUCCCAUAAAGAUUUCACUGAGAGCUUCAAGUAAAACUUUUUUACCUCAAAGGGUCCUUGUGUUCAUCUGGCUUCUAACCAGGAGUGUGUUGUUAUGUGACUAAGUGACAGCUGUAUACCACUGUAACUUUAUGACGACCAUGCAUUACUGUAAGUCAUUAUGAAGAAAUAUUUCAAUCUUAAAAGGCCGUACCAGUGUGUUUGCAAGUUUCAGCUUCUUAAACACGACUCAUGUACAAUUUGCACUUUUGUUGACCAUUUCUCAAAGCAUGCUAAUACAGUUUUUAUUCCGUUCCAGGCAGCUGCUGGCUCCCAUUCAUUACUGCACAGUAGGAAAUUCAGAUUCUCGCUUGAGUUGUGUAAUCCAUCACAGUCAACAUCAAGUCAACGUUAAGUUUUGUCACUGAUAUAGUACAUAGGCGUCGAUUUCGGUGGGGGACGGUGGGUACGCGUACCUAUCAGAUGGUCGUCAUGAGUCAUUUUGCACCCACCACUUUUUUUGAAAACCUCGAGCUCAAUUUAGUUAAAAAAAAUAAAGUUCAUAACACAUAAUUCUUGAGCGACAGAUGCCAACAAAUCCACAAAAAAUCUCUAUCCCCACAGGGCAGACACACACCGUUUUGAGAUUGAACGUGCCCCUGGUAACAUUUAUGACUAAAAUAUAAAACGUCUGCUUCCUUCAGGGCAUUUCCUAUGUGAUAUACUUUGAUGAAUUACACAACUCAAGCAACUUUCUAGAGUUCUCAUAUUGUACAGAAAUGAAUGGAAACUAAUGGCUGCUUUCAACAAUAGAGAAAAACAAAAUUUUCUAAAACACAUGAGCAUGAUUUACAAAGUGGUUAGCUUUGAUGCAAAUUACACAAUAUUGGUUUCAAAUGUGCUAAAACUUGCAAAUCACUGCUGAUGUUUAUGCCCCCCUUUUAUGUUUGCUUUGUGUAGCAGAUUAUGUUUUAUCAUUUUAUCUGAAUGGCUGCUGAUGUGACUGGGCCAUUGACGGGACAGGUAUGAAUGUUUGCUAUGACAAGAAAAUUGCUGUACUAUAUUUUUGUAUUGAUGAUGAGCCUCUUCUUUAAGAACGGUGGUGAGUGAAUAGUGCCACGAACAAUUGAACAAAGCCACCUAAUCAAUCUUUUUGUUUUCUAGACGAAACCACUGCCAUUUUGUAAAUAAAGAGAAGGGAUCGUUGGGGGAUCCGUGUGGGUUAGCAGCAUGCGUCUGAUGAUAAACACGUGGUCGCGGAUUCUCAUUCAGCUCGACAGCUAGAUCACCGUGCAAACGAAGAGUUGAACAAACCGGAGCCACCUCACACCCCACAUGAUACCUAAAGACUGCUGUCACUUUGAUCGUGUGAUUCUCCACCACUUUGUGCUUAACACUGUCUGUUCUGUUCUGUGUGUGCGUAUGUAAGAUUUUGUUGUACAUAAGAAAAAAAUCCUGAAGGUACAUGUUCCUAUGUAAUGUCAAAUCAACUUUUGUCAGUCUAAUAAAGCUAUACUAUCAGAGCUA